AUGGCUUCUUUGACUGACACACCCAACCCUUCCGGUACACUUCCCUCACAGUCGCAGAACCAAAAAACGGCCCCCAAUGUUCCUUCGCGGCCUCAAUCCCGGCAAUCUAACCGUAUCGUUACUCCAGUCAAAACACAUGCCAAUUAUGUUCGAACUAGUCGUGAUACUCGUCAAUCUCUAACCCGCAACAACCAGUCUGAAACCUCCAACAAUGAAGAAUCUUCACAUCGAGCCCCCAAAAAAACCCAAUCCACCAGCAAAAAAAAGAGCCAGCCACGACUAUCAAAAUCUUCAAAGGCUGGUCCGAGUUUGACUUCAAAACAAAAGAGAACACCGGUCUUGAAGAAGAGGAAGCGAAACCUAGCAGCUGAUGAGUCUGAAGAUCACUCCGAAUCUUCUGAGGAUAAGGAGGACGACUGCGAAUCAGACUUAGAUGAGGUGACUGCAGCCAUGAAUCUUCCCCAGGACUCGGAUAAUGAGAACGCGAAGAUGAAGAAGAAAGUUAGAGGCCCUGCAUCGACCCAGUACGACGCAAUUGAGUGGUAUUUUGAACCUCCAGUUUAUGGUGAAGGCGAAGUGAGUUGA